AUGGCUCCUUCUGCUACUCCGACCGAGAAAAGAACAAUCGCCCUGUUUCCACGGGGGGGGUGGGAUACUCACCACCAUAUUUUUGAACCCGAGUCUUUCCCUUACAGCCCAAACAGACAUCUGACUCCGCCGCCAGCGACGGUCACCGCAUUUGAACAGUUCAAAAGAAGUUUGGGUAUCACGAGAUCUGUCCUCACCCAUGGACUAUCCUACGGGGAUGACUGCACGUCUCUUAAGGCAUUCGUUUCCCAGCUCGGGGGCCAGAAGACCCGCGCCAUUGCCGUCAUUGACACUGAAAAAACGGCCGACGAUGAGUUACUUGCGAUGCACAAAGCGGGUGUCCGCGGCCUUCGCGUGAACCUGUACCAGUAUAAUGCCAUGGAAGAUGUUGAGCUGCAGAAAGAUGUCCUGCGUGCACAUCUGAAGAGGAUAACGGAUCUGUCGCUUCCCUGGAGCUUGACGAUGACGACGACCCGUCCCGAAUUCUGGACCACAUUGGAGCCCUUUGUCCGAGACGUCAUAGUCUCGCAGGGCGUCAAUUUGGUCACGGAUCACUUUGCCCUGCUAAAGGCGCCGAGUCUCCUUUCUAAGGGACAUCGCGAAGAUCCAACGAAGCAGCCGGGAUUCGACGCCGUGAUGAGGCUGGUAAGGGACGGCCAUCUGUGGGUGAAGCUCAGCGCUCCUUACCGCAUCAGUAAUGAGAGCCCCGGAUACUCGGAAAUCGAAUUCCUAGUACGUGCUUUUGUCGAUGCCAACAAACACCGGGUGUUGUGGGGCAGCGAUUGGCCGCAUACGCCGCGGAUGAAAGUCCGGACGCACGAGGCGGCGAUGAGGGAGACGCCUUAUCUUGAGGUUGAUGAUGUGGCAUGGCUCAAGAGCUUGAGGUCAUGGCUUUCGGAUGAAGAGUGGGAUCUGCUCAUGGUCCAGAAUCCAAGCCGCAUAUUCGGGUGA